UUGUGUUGCUCUUUACCAAGAGUGUGUAUUUAGAGACAAUUUAAUCAGUUGAAAGGGAAUAGUUUUUGGGAUAGUUGGGAGUGUAAGUGGGCUGUGUACUUCAAGAGUUGCUGUCAGUGGAGUAUUUAUUUGCUAUAAAGUAAUCCCAGACUGCAUUCCUCUAAUGGUUUAUUGUGUGGUUGGAAACGGGUCCCAGUGGGCAGACGAUGGUAUAAAAACUGUAUAUGAAUCCAUAAAGUACAGAGUUCCAGGGAACAUUAUAAAACAGGGGCCAACAGAAUGGAAAUGAUGGACUAGGUUUAGAAUAAUCAUCUAAAUGGCUUAACUUUACCUCAAAAUUUCAUCUUAUUUUCUUGGAUAGAGACCUGAAAUUGUAAAGACGUUCUUAACUAUUUUCAUCACACUGGCUUACUGAAGAAAUAAGGGAAACCGAGAUAUAGUACUUGAAAACAAUAUCUUAGAACGGAUUUUCAAAUGGAGUACAUGCUGUUUCUUGUCUUGCUGACAACUGUGUCCUCCAUUGCCUUAAACAGGGAGGAAAUCAUGGAAGCCAUGGUAAGAAUAUACUGUAUAGUAGAUGACCAAUGAGAACUGCUACAAUCCGUUAUUUACUAAACAGCCUGGUUUGUGCUUUAGCCAACUCCUGUAUUUGUUUUCAUACCAAACAUGUACGUACUAAUACUGUUAAUGAUAUGUCUGCCACAUCUUAGGUCUAUUUAAGGAACUAUGGCUACCUACACAUCCCACUGGACCGUAGUAAGAGCCAAAUGUAUCAGACUGAAGAAAUCACAAAGGCACUGAGAACCUUCCAGAAGGCAACUAACUUGGCCAUCUCAGGAACGUUCAAUGAGGCCACAUUGGAAAUGAUGAAACGACCUCGGUGUGGUAUUGAGGACUCCUUCAAUGACAAAAUCCUCAAAUAUCGAGUCAUGGGUUCUACUUGGCGUAAGAAGAUUCUGACCUACCGCAUCUAUAACUACACCCCAGACUUGGGCCUGGCAAAAACACGUGCGGCCCUCAAGACUGCGUUUAGGUACUGGAGAGAGGUGUCAACCUUGAGUUUCCAGGAGGUGCUGUUUCCAGGAAGAGCAGACAUCAAGAUCUCGUUUCAUAAGAAGGAUAGAUCUUGUCCGGUGCCCUUCGAUGGACCAGGGGGAGUGCUUGCCCACGCAGAUAACCCUGAAUCAGGCAUUGUGCAUUUUGACGAAGACGAGCAGUGGACAGAGGGUACGACCUCUGGCCGUAACCUGAGGAUUGUAGCAGCCCAUGAGAUUGGUCACGCCCUUGGCCUGGGUCACUCUCAGAACCACAAGGCUCUGAUGGGACCUGUCUACUAUGGUUACCGUGCCAACUUCAAACUACAUCCUGAUGACAUUCAUGGAAUCCAAGCUCUCUAUGGGAAGCCAGGCAAUCGUCCAACAGUAUCCAGAAAGCCAAAUGAUUCAUCCCAAGAGGCAGGUUCACCACAUCUUUGCAAGAGUAUCAUAGAUGCAAUUAUGUUAGGUCCUUUUCGCAAGACAUAUGUCUUCAGCGGUCAGUAUGUUUGGACAGUGUCUGACACUACUGGCUACAACACACCCAUCCUGAUCUCUGUGCUGUGGAAGGAUCUGCCAGGGAGCCUCAAUGCAGCUGUGUACUCUCAGAGGACCAACAAGUCCUACUUCCUGAAAGGAGACAAAGUGUGGAGGUAUACCAGAUUCAAACUUGACAUUGGCUUUCCGAAACACUUGGCCAGCAUUCCUUCUAAUGUUGAUUCAGCCUUUUACUUCAACCGGAACAACAAAGUGAUCUUCUUCAAAGGUUCUCAGUAUUGGCAGUGGGAUGAAGCUGGGGCAACGGACUCCAGGACGUAUCCCAAACCGAUAUCACAUCUCUUCUCUGGGGUACCCUACAACCUGGAUGCAGCCUUCACAUGGACAAACGGCCAUAUAUACAUUUUCAAAGGGAACCAGUACUGGCGCAUCAACAACAACCAAGUUGUGGAUAAGGGCUACCCUCUCAGAACGAGUGAAAAAUGGAUGCAAUGUGAUAAAUAGGCCUUUAGAGAUCAGUGGUGUUUUAUUUCAAACUCACCUUUAUUCACCAAGUACAUUUACACACACCUAUAAUCAUUUGCCUUAGUGAGAAGGUGCUGCCAGUGAUAGACAAUAUACAAACAGAAUACAGACACUAGUCCACAUAGACAUCAUACAGAAUAUACAAUAUCGGAGCAGUAAACAUAAAACAUAAAACUCUGGUGCAUAGGCUGAUUACAGUGGAGAUGUAUCAUUUACAGAGGGGAUAUAUCUAUAUAAGCAGAGCGAGGGAUGCUGCCGUGGCAAAUGUAUUGUCACUCCAAUAUCACUACGGUAUGAAAGUCCCGCCUACUUCCUGGAUCAUGUCCCACCGUUUU